AUGGACGAAAGUCGAGAUGCAGUGAAAUAUUUUGCUGUCUUGAUUGGCAUUGACUUUUACAAGGAUGCUCCUCUCAAAGGCUGCGUACGAGAUGCUAAAGAUAUGGCAGAUUAUCUGAAGUAUGCGCAACCCGCGGCUCAGUUAUGUACCUUCACUGCGAGUCCACCUGACGAUGCAGAGUCAAGCCUGCCAGCCGAACAUCCAAGAGCGUGGCCAACGAUUGACAAUGUCGUCGCGAAAAUUCGGGAGAUCGCCUCGGUAGCGAGAUCCGGCGACUACGUUCACAUCCAUUAUUCCGGCCACGGAACUAGGAUGGAGCCCACAGGAGAACUUGCUCUGGACCUCUUGGGGGACAUGAAUGAUACCGGUGUCAGGUACCUCCGUGGAAACGAGUUCGCACUCCUCCUCCGCGACCUUGUCUUUAAGCAUCUCGAAGUCUCGGUUGUUCUUGAUUGUUGCUUCUCCGGUGGUGUUUCACGCGAUGACUCUUCCGUCCGGUACCUCGAUUACAACCCCAAAGCCGACGCCGAAUAUCCUAUGGCGGUGCAUGGUCUUAUACCUGAAGAUGAAAAUGCUUCCGAAUCACACCGGAAUGCCUCCAUGAAACCUAACUGGUUAAUGGAUCCGGAUGGAUACACCAUCAUUACCGCAUGUGGUCCUCUAGAAAAAGCGCGAGAGAUCCGGCUUCCGGACGGAAAGAGACACGGCGCGCUAUCAUACUUUCUUCUCAGAACCUUGAUCGGUUUCGGGGGCUUCGCAAAGAAACAGAAUCACAUAUACCACCAACUAUGCGCUAGGUUCAAGGAGUAUUGGCCGCAACAAAACCCAAUGUUUUACGGCAACCGGGAUAAAUGUUUCUUCAGUCGCAGCAUCUCAGAGGCUGGGACCAUUAUAGUCCAAGCGGUCAGAAAGAAGAAUGGAACCUUUCAGUUGCAGGCUGGUCAAGCACAAGGCAUUUGCAACGGUGACCAGGUUGCUAUAUAUCCCAAUGACUCUAUGGAACGACGCUCAGCGGCAUAUCAAAGCCGGAUCGUUGCUUUUGUCACCCACACCGCAGCCUUUCAGUCAACACUUGUAGUGUCAGAACUUGGUUACAUGGGUACUCAGACGUGGUGGACUGCUGUCGUGCUCACCGAAAAUUACCUCAACAAAUACCCUAUAUGCAUUCCAAGAGAUAUGCCGUUCCGGGAGGAAUGGGUCACUGCUUUGGGAGAACGAUCAUUACGCAGUGUUGCUAAAGGCGAAGACCCCUUCGCAUUUUCCAUCGCAUUCAAGGAUAAGAACUAUGAGAUUUUCGACAAGUCAGCUAAUGAGAUGAUCCACAUCUCCGCCAUGGCAAAAGUACGAGAAACACCAGACCAAGUUUGUGAUAUUGUCCACCAUUUGACAAAGUUUGAAAUGGUAAAGGACUUGGCCCACAACUUCUCAAAGAGCUCGUUCAAGAAGCUGUGUAAAGUUGAACUCGCCACUUCUUCAGGAGCUACAUUCUCCUCUGGCCACUCGGUGCGAGUGAAUCACCGGGCAAUGGUGACCUUGAUCGCGGAGAAUAUGGGGCACGAUGAUCUUUAUCUCUAUAUAUACGACAUGGGCCCUGAGAAGCAAGUUGAGAACAUCUUGCAAGGAAAUCAUCAUGUUCUUCCUUCACGAUAUAACGACCAAGCGCCGAAUGGAACGGCAAGAAAGACGUGGAAACUCAGGAUGGAGGUCCCCAAGGGACUGAGAGAGAAAGGGCAGGCCCUUUGCAAGGAUAGAAUUAUUGUAUUUGUGACUUCUCAACUGACGUCGUUUGAUCUGCUGGAGCUUCCAAAACUCAGUCAGCUGGCGAAGAAAAGGAGACCCGGCAAGGCCUGUCGAGGAGGCGAAGCACUUUCAGGGGGAGAUUGGGCAUGUUUUACCUUCUCAGUCGCCACCCACAUACAUGACUGA